CUCAGAAAACCAGCCGUUGUAUGUGCCUCUCUAAUUCAUCGGUAGUUUGGGACAGAAUCUGUGCUCUAAACAACAGAUUUCCUUUCUAAGAAUAGUUGUAAAUUAGUCACUAUCGUCUAGCACAAAAUAGUUUAGCCGCGCUUUCGAAAAAUGAAGCUUCGAACGCGAAUUCCAUCACGAGCGAGGGCCUCACUUCUCGCCUUACCAGAGGAAGUCAUCCUUCUCAUUCUCAAGCGUUUUACAGCAAACGAAUUAAUGAAUCUGAGAAUGGUUUGUUCUAGACUCAAGAUACUCGUAGACGAAUCAUCCAGCCUCUGGAUUUCAGCUUCUUUUCUUGGAGUUUGGCCAUCACUCAAAAAUCUGCCUCUUCUUCAAAGGGCAGCCAAUUUGGGGAAUCCAGAAGCUCUUAUCAAGCUUGGACUCGCUCAUUUGUAUAACGAAGGAAUUUCAGAGAAUGGAGAGAAAGGUGUCAAUGCAAAAGAAAACGGUCGUCUAGCGGCAGAAUUCUUCUUUAAAGCUGAAAGUACCAUUCAAAAUGGUGCACCAUUUACAUGGUUUUUUGUGCGUCCUCCAUGGGCACCUUCUGGUGUGUGCUGUAAAUCCUGUGUGUUCAAUAGUAUGGUGGAGCUCUGUUCAGAUCCAGUGGUCAAUAACUCAAUGUUGUACAGUGUAGGAAAAAUCCUUAGUUUGCAUGAGGAUGGGCAGAAAAAAGAAGAGAGUCUGCAAUGGCUGAAAAAUGCUGCAAAGCAAGGGUCUUGUCAUGCUGCAUAUGAUCUAUGGAAAUUAAGAUUUUGCGAAGGUCCAAUGGAACCUUACUCAAAACUGGAGAGACUACGUGAACUGAGAGACUGUGCCAAAACCAGUCAUCCUGAUGCUCAACUCACUCUAGCCCUUGAAUAUGCUAAAGGAAAUCUGGGUGGGGUCACUAAAACACAAGUGGCAGAAUUUACAUCACAGUUUGUCUCAAGAUCUAGGCCACUUAAUAGCCACAAGCUUUUUAAGUUUCAAACUGAACUCAACAGCACAAUGAGAUAUAUCUUAGUUGACUGGCUUGUAGAAGUAGCUGUGAUGAAGGAUUUUCCAAGUCAGAUAGUUCAUAUCGCUGUUAGCUGUGUAGAUCAAUAUUUAAUGCAACGCAAAGUGCAGAGAUCAGAGUUGCAACUUCUUGGAAUCACUUGCAUGUUGAUAGCAGCAAGGUUUCAAGGAACAGAUAUUGUCACCAUAAGGGAAGCUGCCUGGUUAACUGAUGGCACCUACAAGUAUGAAGAAGUAGUAAGAAUGAUGGGUGAGGUGAUGUCCUCUAUCAAGGGUCAAGUCAGGGUUCUCACCAUUCCCGAUUUUCUACAGCUGUUUUGUUCCUUAGCAGCAGUUAGUCAAAAGACUGAAUGUAUUGCAGGGUAUGUGGCAGAUUUGUCCAUUCUUCAUACAGAAUGUGGAAGGUUCUCACCAGCUGUGACAGCUGCAUCGUCAGUUUUGUUGGCAAAUGCAAUUCAAAAAAUUGCAACACCAUGGCCACUACACAUGCAUGAAAUGACUGGCCUCAGUCUUGUGGAUCUUCUGGAUUGUACUCUUCAUUUACAUCAACAAUGCCUAGUUGAUGAUUGCCCUACAGAUCAUAGAAAUGUAAAGCUGAAAGCUAUUAAACAAAGAUAUUCAGAUGAAAGGUUCUUGAAAGUUAGCGAAAUAAAGGUUCCCAACCGAGAAGAGUUACGUCUUUUUCUCCAUUCUGAAGCGCUCUGUGGAAAACGCUUUGUUCGCGGUCAAGCAGUGGCGAAGCAUGUUGGGCUUGCGCAGCACAUCAAUGCUGACGACAGUAUUUUGAAUACGAGUAUCAGCAGUUUGUCUGAGAGUGGUUACGAGGGAGAUAUGGAAGAUGAAGGUGAACAUAACAUUGAUGAUCCUCUUCUUGACGAGGAAUUGUUUAGCGAGCUAGCUGAUGGUGAACACGCCAUGUUAAACAAGCAAUCAAGGGACUCUUCCUUCCUUAACUGGGAGGAUUUUCCUAGAACAAGCUCAACGCCGAGUAUUCUUCAUCCAGCUGGAUUUCAAAAUGGGUUUGAUUUUGAAGUGCAGGACAUGGAGACAGACUCAGAACCCGUGCAUAUAGACAAUGGUAUUCACAGCGCGCGCGAAGUGUGCGUGCCAGUAGUUCUAGAGCCAGAUGAAAAUAUGGAGGUAGUGGAAAAUUGUGCGAAACCAUCGGCUUCAAGUCUGGGACGCAGGCCCUUAAGAUGUAUCGAGAACAACAAUGUCCCUUCUGGGGUUCCUAUUUCUUUGAAAUCCGAGCGAAGAACUUCUGCUUGGAGUCAAUCAGUCGCUCAAUGAACUUGCCUUUGUGGCUAGUAUUUUGCGCCCGUUUCUUUAUCUCUGCUCUUUACUAUGGCUUGAAUCUUUUGUUUACGAGUCUCGCAUUUUUAAAUUGUGCGAUCACAUUGACGAAUCCAAGCAAAAUUAUAUUUUAGUGCAUGUGUGUCGAAAAUACCUAUCUAUCGGUUCAAUAGUUUUAUCCCCACAUCAAUUUUAACCUCAAUAUCUUUCUAGUGCAAAUUGUAUAAUUGUAUAUAUUCAUUAAGGAAUCAUAACCUACAUUUUGGCAUACUCAACAUUCUACAGUCCUCGACGUUUCUUUGUUUCUCUUUCGUUUUUCCUCUCUUGCACUUCGGCUAAGUCUCCAAGUUUGAUCAUGAAACUGAGAGGACCGAUAACGAGGUUGAAAAUGCCGUUAUUUAUCUUGUACAGGACCAAAAAAUAGUCUCCAAUUGAUAUUUUUAAGAGUAUGUGUUGCUGUUUUUGGGUAAAGGCCUGCUAGAAAAUUAACGGGAGAAUUUAUUGUGCUAAUGCUUACAAUGUGGCACUUCGAUAGUGUCCAAAAAUAAAUAUAUAUAUAUUUCUUAGA